AUGCCCUGCGAAUCGGGUUGUUGUGGUCCGCCUAAGGAUCCAGCCCCGACCCCCGGACCAGCUGCCCUCCCUGGGACGAACACUAGUCUCACCGUUGCAGAGGACCGGAUUGCAGAGGGCGAUGGCGGAGAUAGCAUCGACAACUUUGAAGAUUUGAAAGAUGGAGACGGCACUCAAGGUUGCUGCGGCUCUGCGACCGACAAGCCAACCUUGAGCCGUGAAGUCAAUCCCACGGAUCUCAGUGAGAGCUGCCAGGAUCAGUGUUGCUCUUCAACCGCUGCUGAUGAAGAUGGCUGCGAUGCCGAGCAAUCGAAUGCCGCAGACGAUUGUGAGGACGGUUGCUGUGGCACUGUCAACAUGGAACAAAGCAAUGAUGGGAAAAGCGCAAGCUCUGCGGCUGCCAAAGUUGUCGACUCUUGCUGCGUUUCCAACACUGCAGCUGAAGACAACUGCAAGAAGGAAUGUUGCGGCAACGACACCAUCAAAAACACCAAUGUUGCCUCCGCUAAUGAGGUCACACCCAAAGAUGAUUGUAAGAAGGGUUGCUGUGGUGAUUCCGUCAAAGAUGCAAGUGGAAUUGUCGAUGUUGUUCGCAACAACACGAGCAAGCCAAACGAAACCUGUGGUUCGAAGGUCAAGGCUGAAGAGAACUGCAACAAGGGAUGUUGCGAGACAAUCCGAGAGAGCAAGCCCGUCCAGCCAAGCGGCACUUUGACUGCUAUCGAGGAUGACUGCUGCGCUCUGGUUGCCAAGGCUGAAGAGAAUUGCAAGAAGGGAUGCUGCUCCUCCCCAGCCCCAAAGUCUCAGGAGGAGAAGCUCGAUCAGGAGCGGAAGGCUGCACUGGGGGAAAAGACGGGAAGCCAUGCCGUGGCCACGCCCGUACCGUUCGCGAGACCUAUCAGGCAAGGCUUGAAGCCUUGGGCUGCAUCUGCCGCGCCCUCCUCGCUCUCGGUCAAGAAUCAUGCUGCGCGCCUCGUGAUCUCUGGUGCAAACAUCACCAACGAUAACGACCUUGAGAGGGGCGUGUCUGGAACAGAGCAUGUCGUUCUUAGUAUCUCGGGCAUGACAUGCACGGGUUGCGAGACCAAACUCAAGAGAACGCUUGCCACCGUGGACGCAAUCAAAAAUCUCAAGACUAGUCUUGUUCUUGCGCGUGCAGAGUUCGAUCUAGACGUCAGAGUUGGCUCAGCGGACGAUGUCAUCAAGCAUCUCGAGCGAACGACAGAGUUCAAAUGCGAGAAGAUCACGAGCCAGGGGGCCAGCAUCGACCUCCUAUCCGUCGGCCGACCAGAGGAUUUGAUCAGCCAGCCAUGGCCGGCGGGGGUCACAGACAUACGCGUUGUUGACAGCAAGACUGUUCACGUCGAGUUUGAUGCAGAGGUUGUUGGGGCUCGAGACCUAGUUGAGAAAGGCUGGAGCAGUCCCAUGGAACUUGCGCCCCCUCGAGCCGACCCGACACUUGAAGCGGGCGGCAAGCAUGUUCGCCAUGUUGGGAUGAUGACUUUGCUCUCCAUCGUCCUAACUGUCCCGGUUCUCGUGAUGGCUUGGGCACCUUUGCCGGAUAAUGAGGUUGCUUAUGGUUCAGCUUCUUUAGCAUUGGCAACUAUUGUUCAAAUUGCUAUUGCUGGACCAUUCUAUCCUACAGCACUCAAGAGCUUGAUCUUCUCCAGAAUGAUCGAGAUGGACCUGCUCAUUGUACUGAGUACUAGCGCCGCAUACAUCUUCUCAGUGGUUUCGUUUGGUUAUCUAGUCUCUCACAAGCCUCUGUCGACCGGGGAGUUCUUUGAGACGAGCACACUCCUCGUCACUCUCAUUAUGGUUGGCAGAUACGUUGGUGCGCUGGCUCGUCAGAAGGCCGUUGAGUCCAUUUCCAUCCGAUCUCUGCAGGUGUCCACAGCGACAAUCAUCGACACCUCGGGCCAGGAAAAGGAAAUUGACUCUCGACUGCUUCAGUAUGGAGACACUUUCCGAGUUGCUCCCGAGUCUCGCAUUCCAACCGACGGCACAGUCAUUUCUGGUUCGUCUGAGCUAGACGAGUCUAUGGUCACGGGUGAAUCAAGAGUAAUCGAGAAAUAUGCAGGCUCUUCUGUCAUUGCAGGCUCGAUCAAUGGCUCUGGAACCCUCAACAUACGCCUAACCCGUCUGCCCGAAGACAACACAAUCAGCAACAUCGCCGGGAUGGUCGAUGAAGCCAAGUUGUCCAAGCCUAAAAUACAGGAUAUAGCAGAUCGAGUUGCGUCAUACUUCGUCCCAGUCGUAGUCACGUUGACGAUAAUUACAUUUGCUGUAUGGAUUGCCGUUGGAGUCGCUGUCCGCAAACAGUCCGGCUCCGAAGCAACGAUCCAGGCAGUCACAUACGCAAUCACCGUCCUCAUCGUAUCAUGUCCAUGCGCGAUUGGACUUGCAGUUCCUAUGGUGAUCGUCAUCGCCAGUGGAGUCGCUGCGGAAAAGGGCGUCAUCUUCAAGUCGGCCGACAGCAUCGAGGUCGCUUACAAGACCUCGCAUGUAGUUUUCGACAAGACGGGGACACUGACCCAUGGGGAACUAAGUGUGUCUAAAGAAUCGUACGUUGCUGGCGAUCCAGAAGCGACGAAAUCGUUGCUUCUUGGCCUUGUUGGUAGCAUCAAGCAUCCCGUAUCCGCAGCGGUUGCCGCCCACCUAAAGGCGAAUGGUAUAUCGCCAGCGCCGGUAUCCGAUUCCAAGACUUUGACGGGUAAGGGUGUCGAGGGAACCAUCUCUGGCCGCAAGCUCCGCGCUGGUAAUUCGCGAUGGCUGGGUCUAUCGUCCGAUCCUGCUGUCGAGUCCUUCUUGUCGCAAGGAUACACCGUCUUCUGCUUCACGGUCGACGGGACGUUGGUUGCAUUGUUUGCGCUAGAAGACUCGGUGCGGCCCGAGGCUUUCGCAACCGUGUCCAAGCUGCAGGCCUCCAACGUCUCGGUCCACAUCCUUUCUGGCGACGAUGACGGAGCGGUACAGGCGGUUGCCUCUCAACUCAACAUACCCGAGGCUAAUGUGCACUCGCGAUGCAACCCCGCAGACAAACAGGACUACAUUCAGCAACUCUUAGCCACACCCUCCACCCGUGUGUCCAAAUCGGGAAAGAAGCCGAAGAAGCCCGUCGUGAUGUUCUGCGGAGAUGGCACUAACGAUGCCGUUGCACUGGCCCAGGCUACCAUUGGCGUCCACAUGAACGCGGGCACUGACGUGGCUAGAUCUGCUGCCGAUGUUGUCCUGAUGCGACCCAGCCUGACCGGUAUCCUCACCGCCAUCGCGGUGAGCAGAAAGGCCAUCCAUCGGAUUGCAUUCAACUUUGGCUGGAGCUUCGUCUACAACUUGUUUGCCAUCCUCCUCGGCUCAGGGGCUUUCGUCAACGCCCGCAUCCCACCGGAGUUUGCCGGCCUUGGCGAACUUGCCUCCGUCUUACCUGUCAUCGCUGCUGCGGUGCUGUUGCGUUGGAGUAAAUUGUAA